AUGCCGACAUUAGAAGAGCGGCUACGAUCUGUUUUACCAAACUCGGCAGAAUUUGAGUUAUUACACCUCCUGAGUCCGUCAAAAGAAACUCAUCCAUUGGUACUUCAAAAGGCCCCAGUGCGUACCGAUCAGCACGUCGUUAAGGCGCAGCACUUCUUUGCUCUAGCCAGUUCGCGCAAAAUAUUUUACGCGCUAGAAAUUUAUGUGUACAUCACACUGAACCUCGCAUCCUGCGAGAAACUAGUGUUCGUCUCAAAAGCCGAUACUAAUGGGUAUUGUGACCAUGCGGUGUCGAUAAAGGAUGUAACUAGAGCCCUCAUCGAAUACGUCUCGUCUAUCAGCCCUGAAAUCUAUCUAGAACGCGUCAUACAAAUCCCAGAAAGGCGAAAAGUGGACAUAAAUGCGAUUACGCAACGAACAACUACGAGAAGAGCACUCCGCAUUCUAAAAAAGCGCCAUGAAAAAAACGACGAGUGUCUAGCACGCUCACCUGAUGAUCCAUACUGCAGAAUUGUUAGCCCCUCAUCACAAUGGACCUGUAAGAUCAGUUUGUUCACAAGAUCGGAACCUCAAUAUCUCUUCGCAGAGUCAUCUCAGAACACAACGAAACACAUCCUUCCUGGCAACAAGCUGCUUAAAUGGUGGCUUUCUGUUAUCGAUGAUAUUCUCGUCAACGUCUUUACUCGUAACACUCGCGCUCGUCUUCAAAUCCCUGGUGAAGAAACUUUGAUUACGCGCAAACACAUAAGCAGUCUGAAGGGAGCAGAUUGGCGUGUUGGUGACAUUUUUGAUGGCAGACCGAACGAUCUUGCAAUUUACACAAUCCCGCUGUUUCCAGAUGAUCCGAAAGGACGUUUUCUUGAACAACUGGUGGAUGAGGGCAGGGCUAGAAAAGUUUCUCUUUCACAAUUUUGGGUUGAAUUACAAAUACAGCAAGAGUUUAGACUUGGAGAUACAGUUUCGGUCAUAGGUGUGAGCGGUAAUAUAAGACCUUCACUCUGUCAAUCAGUGGCUAAUGGCGAAAUCAUUCGAACAGAUAGUCGGAAAAUCUUCAACAUGGUAAAAUCUUACAUUACAGGAGAAGAAUAUAACAAUGAAGAGGGACCAUCUGAUGCAUACACCAACGUAACGGACUUCUUGCACCUCAGGUUAGACAGCUCUAUGGUCAGAAUUAAGGGAACGAAAGUGCCGAAUAAAACUUCGCUAAGGCAUCAAGACUCACAAGGUAAAAACGAUUUUGCCCGGACUUCUGAAUUCCAGCCUCACACCUUGAACGUUCAGCUCGUUCGUAAGAAGCUUAAGAAGUGA